CCCAAAACUCAAUUCUUCCAUCGUGGCGUUGACAUCUUAUAAAGUCUUUUUUCUCUUUCCCCCGAGUUCUUCUUCUCCCCCACCUACAAACACUUACAAUCGAACUCCUUUCUAGAAAUUCAGACACCCAAAGAAGGAAAGAAGAGACCAAACUCCCCCUACUACCUUGGCUGUCUUCAAAGACACUCGGAAAUCGAUUCUUCAAGUCGUCCAUUCUAGUCCGACAUAACCUUCUCUCAGACCUCGACAUGGAAACAACACUACCGUUCCCUUUCCUCAUCAGUGUUGCCGUCCCUCCCGGUCUGGCCAACCUCGAAGGCCUUACCCGGGAACAGGUCUCCGCCCUCGGUGCUCCAUUCUUCCAAGUUACCGACCAGACACUCGGCAAGUUCCAUCGCUUCCUGAAGCGCCACAAUGCCGAGUUUCGUGGCUACUUCGACGUCACCGCAGUAGGCUCUCCGGACAACGUGGUGUCACUGCUCGAUGCCGGCGCACGCCAAGUCUUCGUCACACCCGAGAACCUCCCCAAGUAUGCCGAGUUCGGCAACCGAGUCGGCCCUGUCGUUGCCAACUUGGACCUUUCGGCGACAUCAGGGAACAGCAGCCUCCUGCUGAAAGACUUUGACCCCCAGAGUCCCGACCUCGAAGAAUUCCUCAGGCAGACCCAAACCACCCAGAGGCCAUCCGACCUCUUCCUUAAGCCGGUACCCAGUGCUGAUCUGGAACUUCUGCUCCAGGUAGCCCGCAAGUGCUCUGCCAUCCCCAUCCUCCCCUCCGACCGUCUGACCGUCAGCAAGGAGGACACCACGAGGCUGUCUCUUCCCCAAGUCAUUGUCUCGUUUUGCAAAUCGGACCGCGCCGAUGGCCUGAUCCCCACCGUCGUCUGCGACGAGUCGAACGUCGCCCUGGGCCUCGCCUACAGCAGCGAGGAAAGCAUUGCCGAGGCCCUGAGGACCCAGUCGGGCGUUUACCAGAGCCGGAAACGCGGCCUGUGGGUCAAGGGUGCUACCUCGGGCGACACCCAAGAGCUCAUCCGCAUAUCCGUCGACUGCGACAAUGACACCCUCAAAUUCAUCGUCAAGCAGAAAGGUCGCUUCUGCCACCUGGAACAGGACGGCUGCUUCGGCGACUUGUCCGGCAUCCCGCGCCUGGAGAGGACCCUGCAGUCAAGGAAACAGUCCGCCCCCGAGGGCUCUUACACCGCACGCCUGUUCAGCGACGAGAGGUUGUUGAGGGCCAAGAUCAUGGAAGAGGCCGAGGAGCUCUGCGAUGCCCAGACCCCCGAGGAGGUCGCGUUCGAGGCCGCCGACCUGAUCUAUUUCGCGCUCACAAAGGCCGUCAGCGCCGGUGUCACCCUGGCCGACAUCGAGAAGAAUCUGGACGCCAAGGCCUGGAAGGUCAAGAGGAGGAAGGGUGACGCGAAGGGGAAGUGGGCCGAGAAGGAGGGUAUCUCUACCGGCCGGCCUGCUCCUGCUCCUGCGCCUGUCCCUGCCACUACCCCUGCUGCGCCUGCAAGCGACACUCCGCCAGGCAGAAUCGUGAUGCGCCGUUAUGACGCCUCCCAGGCCUCCGAGGCCGAAAUCCUCGAGGCUCUGAAGCGCCCGUCGCAAAAGUCCCCCGACGCCAUCCUCAACGUCAUCAAGCCCAUAAUCGAAGACGUCCGGACCGGCGGCGACAAGGCCGUCCUGACCUACACCCACAAGUUCGAAAAGGCCACCUCGCUGACCUCGCCCGUGCUCAAGGCGCCCUUUCCCGAAGAAGCCAUGCGGCUGUCGCCCGAGUCCAUCAGGGCCAUCGACAUCUCCUUCGAGAACAUCCGCAAGUUCCACGCCGCCCAAAAGGAAGACAAGCCCCUCCAGGUCGAGACCAUGCCCGGCGUGGUAUGCAGCCGCUUCUCCCGCCCCAUCGAGCGCGUCGGCCUAUACGUCCCCGGCGGCACCGCCGUGCUCCCCAGCACGGCCCUCAUGCUGGGCGUGCCGGCCAUGGUGGCCGGGUGCAAGAAGAUUGUGCUCGCGUCGCCCCCGCGCCCCGACGGCAGCCUGACGCCCGAGAUUGUCUACGUGGCCCACAAGAUCGGCGCCGAGAGCAUCGUCCUCGCCGGCGGCGCCCAGGCCGUCGCCGCCCUCGCCUACGGCACCGAGAACGUCACCAAGGUCGACAAGAUCCUCGGCCCGGGCAACCAGUUCGUCACCGCCGCCAAGAUGCUCGUCAGCAACGACACCAACGCCGGCGUCGGCAUCGACAUGCCCGCCGGCCCGUCCGAGGUGCUCGUCGUCGCCGACGCCCACGCCAACCCGGCCUUCGUCGCCUCCGACCUCCUCUCCCAGGCCGAGCACGGCGUCGAUUCCCAGGUCAUCCUCCUCGCCGUCGACCUGACCGAGGAGCAGCUCCGCGCGAUCGAGGACGAGGUGCACGAGCAGGCCAUGGCCCUGCCGCGCGUUGCUAUCGUUCGCGGGUCCAUCGCCCACUCCGUCACCAUCUCCGUCCGCGACGUCGACGAGGCCAUGCGUAUCAGCAACGAGUAUGCCCCGGAACAUCUCAUCCUGCAGGUCCAGGACGCCGAGAAGGUUGUUGAUAAGGUGAUGAAUGCCGGUAGCGUUUUCAUCGGCCAGUGGACUCCUGAGAGUGUGGGCGAUUACUCUGCGGGUGUGAACCAUUCUCUGCCAACGUACGGCUACGCAAAACAAUACUCGGGCGUCAACCUCGGGUCCUUUGUCAAGCACAUCACCAGCUCCAACCUGACGGCCGAGGGCCUGAAGAAUGUUGGCGAAGCCGUCAUGCACCUGGCCAAGGUGGAAGAGCUGGAGGCGCACAGACGGGCCGUGGAAAUUCGAGUCCAGUACAUGGAAGGGAAAUAGAAUCGAUACCGCAUUGUUUGAGGUGUUUGGGAAUGGAGGAAUGAGGAAUGAGGAAUGAUUAUAAUCCAGGCGUGGAUGUCGAAGGUAAAAAGGGGGUGUGUUGGUCGGGGGGCUACGGGACGGGGGGUACGGGACGGG